GAGCGUACCGGUUGCAUAGAAAUUUUUUAACGUUCGAUCACGAUGUUUCGGUGCAGUGACCGUACUUGUCGCGUUAUUCGCGUGUUCGUGUGUUACGCACGAUCGUGUAAUCGGUGUCUCGAAUGAAUUCUAAAAAUCGCGAGUGAAAUGAACGAACCACGCGUUUGAAGCAUGGCUAUCAUGCAGUCCUGUUGCUGCUGGCGAUCCGUGAGGAGGGGUAGUUUCGCGUGUGCUAUUUAUUCCGGGAUUUACUUUGCCGUGUUGGCACUAACCACCGGCAAAGUGCUCCAGGGGGAGAGUCAAUAUCUGAGAGGGAAUCGUUCUUUACCGGAAUCCACUAGCUUCCUAGAACCGGACACCAUAUCCCCCACAACAGUACGGUUUAACGUGACGCUGCUUAUAUGCUCGUGCUGUGGUGUGAUUUGCAGUAUCCUGCUUCUCUAUGGCCUCUGCAAGGAUCAACGUGUCUUCCUGAUACCAUGGAUUAUCGUCGUCGGCACGAUCUGUAUCGUCGACGUGGGACAUUCGUUGUAUCUCUUCGUCGUUGCUUCCUCGUUUGACCCGACCAAAGUGAUGCUGUACACGUUGAACUUCUUCCUCCUCUGCUUGAACAUAUAUUCCCUGUUGUGCGUGAUCUCCCAGUACCAAGAAUAUAUGACGGGUCGAGGAACCGCCGCAGAUGACUACGAAUACAGGGUCAGUAUUCUGAGAGUGUCUGAACGGAAACAGGAACGGAAUAAGGGACGAAAAUGUUGUUUGAAGGUUCCAGCAGUCAGAUACGCCACACAGCCACCGACUACGACCGCCACUUCUUGCUUGAGCUCUCGAAAAACGGCGACUAACAACGAAACCAAAGUAACCGCAACGCCGACGCAGAGUCCUACGGCGGGCCAGAACACUGGGUCUUCGGAUAAAAGUCCUGUUGUCGGUAAAUCGGCAAGGAAACAUGUUCAGUUUCCCGAUACGGCGUCCGAGGAUCAGAAAGGGAAGUCUGAAAGCUCGAUCACGAUACUGCUGGCCAACAAAGAGACAGAAAAUGAAUUCGCGAUAUCAUCACCCUUGUUGAAGUUGGUGGACUCCGCGAUGAUCGAUCCCUCCAUUCAAUCUCAGAAAAUUACUCGAGUACAAUACACCUGAAACCGCUGUGCAGUCGUGUCCGAUGCUGAUGGCAGGAUCUCAUUGCCAUUUUACGGCUUUCCUUCGCCCUUAAGAGAAACCGACUCGUGUGACGAACAUUUUCGCUAUAGCCAGUUCGAUGAAUAAUUUAUCCUCGUAAAGAACACCCUCGGCUACAAGUCCGGAAACCGAUGGUGGUCGUUGUGCUAGUCGUAACACCGGUUCGCUAAAAGCGAUCGCUCGAUGACGACAGUUCGGUCUAUCGUUGGUUUUGGUUCCACGAAUUACUUCCUACUAAUAGAAUCUAUCCAUCGGUUUUCCGAUAUUUGUUCGGAGUUUCUCGCAGCCACGAACUCGUGCUAAUGUCGCAUGUGGACGGUCACGAUUUUCGUUGAAAGUCCACCGUUUCGUGAAAAACCUGAUGUUCGAACAGGAAAUUGAGAAAGUUCCGCCGUCACACCGGAGAGGUAAAUCGGGCUACGAAGUUUCUUCGUGGAUUAAUACGUUAAAUGUUGCGGAGCAAACAACCAGCUAUAACAACAUGGUACGUGAGCCGAUUCGAGGAGCAAUUUGACGCAUAGGGGAAUUCGACGGGUAGACAUUUCACGUAUGGUGAUGCAACGCGUCGUGAUAUAAACAAUAAGAAUUCGGUACGUAGCAGAAUUCGAUGCAUGGCGAUAUAACGCGUGGGAAUUCGGCGUAUGGCGAUAUAACGC